CCAGUGUCUCCCACCGUUCUGUCUCAGCAGUAAAGUAGUGAGCAGGAGAGGGGAGGCGGUCGAAGUCGAACGCAUCUCUCGAGUCUUCGCUUUCCUUUUCGGCAGCGCAAAGGGUUUCUCUCUGCGUGCGCUCUCUUCUCGAGAAUCGCUUUUUCGUUCAAGCGUUCGAUAAACACUUCCGCCUUUUAUUUAAUGUAACACACUUUGGGUUUUUUUUUUCUUAUUUAUUUCCUCUGUAGAUUAUAGAUUAUUGUGCUACUUUCCUUCUCUGUGUGAAUUUAUCUUACUCUGAGCAUACAUCUUCUCAUGUUUUCUGCUUUAUUUGUGCAUUGAGACCGACUUGUGUUCUUCUUCGUCUUCUAUCCGAGUUAUUAGGUUGUAGGUCUCAGUCUUAAUUAGGUGAUGAAUCAUGAAUGCGCUUUCACGGAGUAAUUGCCAACCUUAUGUCAUAUGAGGAUGUAUUGUAGGCCUUUAUUCUGUUUCUCAUAAUCAGGCGAGUCGGGGAAUAUGUACUCCAGAUCUUGGCUUCGUACCUUCAAUGCCUGACCUACUCUUUACUUUUAAAAUCUGUUUAAUCUAUCUAUUUUCAGUCAUCUAUUCAUCUCAAUUCCAAAAGAAGGGUUCUGAGUGGAACCGAUUGCGGCUAGUUUUCUUAAGUGGAGGGUUGGAAUCCGUGUUUUUUCUGGUUUAUUUCUUUGGACUUUCUCUAUUAUAUACACAUCGUUUGAUUAGACUUCAUCACUCACCUCUUCUCAGAUCAUGGAAAGUGGAGGCAAUUCCCUUCCUUCUGGGCCAGACAGUGUGAAGAGAAAAGUUUCAUAUUUUUAUGACCCAGAAGUUGGAAAUUAUUACUAUGGACAGGGUCACCCAAUGAAGCCGCAUAGGAUUCGAAUGACACAUGCUCUCUUAGCCCACUACGGUUUGCUUCAGCAUAUGCAGGUCCUGAAACCCACUCCUGCCAAAGAUAGGGAUCUUUGCAAGUUCCAUGCUGAUGAUUAUGUUAGCUUUCUUAGGGCUAUCACCCCAGAAACUCAGCAAGAUCAGCUGAGGCAGCUGAAGAGGUUUAAUGUUGGUGAAGACUGUCCUGUCUUUGAUGGUCUUUACUCGUUCUGUCAAACUUAUGCUGGGGGUUCAGUUGCUGGUGCUGUCAAACUGAACCAAGGAGGUUCUGAUAUUGCCAUAAACUGGUCUGGUGGGCUGCAUCAUGCCAAGAAGUGCGAGGCUUCUGGAUUUUGUUAUGUGAACGAUAUCGUCUUGGCAAUUCUGGAGCUUCUCAAAGUAAAUGAGCGUGUUUUAUAUGUGGACAUUGAUAUCCACCAUGGUGACGGUGUGGAGGAGGCUUUUUACACAACUGAUAGGGUCAUGACGGUUUCAUUUCACAAAUUUGGAGACUAUUUCCCUGGUACGGGUGAUAUUCGUGAUAUUGGAUAUGGCAAAGGGAAAUAUUAUUCUCUCAAUGUACCCCUUGACGAUGGCAUUGAUGAUGAGAGCUACCAUUCCUUGUUUCGGCCAAUAAUUGGGAAAGUGAUGGAAGUUUUUCGGCCUGGUGCUGUGGUUCUACAAUGUGGUGCUGACUCUCUAUCUGGUGACAGAUUAGGGUGUUUCAAUCUAUCAAUUAAGGGCCAUGCGGACUGUGUCAGAUUUAUGAGAUCUUUCAAUGUUCCGCUCCUAUUGCUGGGUGGAGGUGGUUAUACGAUACGAAAUGUUGCUCGAUGCUGGUGUUAUGAGACAGGUGUUGCACUUGGGAUGGAACUUGAUGAUAAGAUGCCGCAGCAUGAAUAUUAUGAGUACUUUGGCCCAGAAUAUAAUCUUCAUGUAGCUCCAAGUAACAUGGAAAACAAAAACUCUCGUCACUUACUGGAAGAUAUUAGGGUAAAACUUCUUGAUUAUCUAUCAACGUUGCAACAUGCCCCAAGUGUCCAGUUUCAAGAGCGACCACCUGAUACAGAGCUUCCAGAGGUGGAUGAAGAUCAAAACGACAGAGAUAAAAGAUGGGAUCCUGAUUCUGACAUGGAGUCUGAUGACGACUGUAAGCCUUUGCCAAGUCAAGUGAAGAAAGAAUACAUCGAACCUGGACGCACUGACUCAGUAUGUCCAGCUCUAUCAUCUUUUUGCGCUGCAACUAAUAUGAUGGCAAUAGAUGAGCCACGCAUCAAAGUGGAGCAGAAUAACUCAAACAAACCAUCCGAUCAACACGUUGAGAUGAACUCGUGACCAAGGAUGUCCAGCAUUCCUCACUGACGUGCAAUAUAUGUUCACUUGUAGUUAUAGUGGAUUUACUCAAGGCAUUGUUACACUGCUUCUAUGAUGUGGGUGUUUGAAAACUUAUUUAUGAAUGAGCGUGAAAUGGUCCAUUGGAAGCACGAGCUAUUAGUUCUUGCCAUCUUUGUGCAUAUUUCAACGAUUGUAAAGUUUGAGUAGCAGCAGUACAUUAUAGCAGUUUUGGGUAGUAUUUAAUGGAUAGACCAUGAUAUUGUUGAUGAUAAGUCUACCAUGAUACAUACAUUAUGUCGGAGCGCUUGCA